ACGUAUAAACUCAUCAUUCACAAAAAAUCCGAGUUUGAGAAUUGAUCGUAACUGAUGCGAUCUCAAAUAUACAAAUCUCAAAUCUACAAAUAUCCAUUGUCUCCAAAUGAAUCUCUAUGCGAGAUUGAGUCUUGAUACAAUUAAUACUUAUGAUACUUGUAAAGAUAUUCUUUCUUAUUGUGCGUGCUUUAUCUCUUCUCUUUAUUUAGAAACUAGUUCUGCAUAUAUACGUGUAUGUGCAAUGUGCAUCUGUAGUUGUUUGUACGCAUUUACAACAGAUGUUUGGACACACUAGUUGGGUAUUCCCCGAUGAGCACUUCCACUACGCCACAAUCGUAUAAUAUCAUCCAUUUCACCGAGGAAAUCUAUGUCAUUACUCAGACACAUCGACAACGGCAAAUUCGCUGUUUUCUAGUCUAGUGUUCGUCUAGUCGUACUUCUACUUUCGUAUUUUUUUCUUUUUUUUUUAAGGACGCGUACGUUAAUAAUAUUCGAGAGAGUAUGUCGUGCAAUGCUCGAGGACGCUGUCAUUUCUGCUGCAAGAGAUAUACCGUGCCCGUAUUCGGAAGUGACGAGACGGCACACAAAUUUCUACAAAAAUUGAAUUCGAGACUCGUGGUUUUGAACACAGUUUGUUCUCCUUGUAUCAUUAAACUCGAAGAUUAUCUCAAAAGGAAAUUUCCUAAUAUACAUUCACCUUUCAAGGAAACAAUCAAGAAAAUUCACAUAGAGAGCCCAACGAGAUUUACUUAUCAAAAUACCAACAAUUUAGAAAUAAUGGAAAAGUCGCAAGUCAAGGAAAAUGUUGAAACGGAGAAAGCUGCAGAAACCGUCGUUAAAAUCGAAGGAAAAGUCGAUUCAAUUGAUAUAGAAAAUAAAGCUGGCACCUACAAUUCGCAAGUUCGCGAAAAUAUUGGAAAUAUAAGGAAGAAACAAUUAACGUGCGAGUUCUGUCAAAAAGAGUUUAAUCACGCAGGGGAUUUCAACAAGCACAGGAGGAAGCACACCGGCGAGCAACCUUACGCGUGUGAUACAUGUGAACGAAAGUUUAAGACGUCGUCUAAUCUUGUUAGACAUCAACAAGUACAUCUUGGAAUAAAGCCAUUCUACUGUCAGAUUUGCGGGCGCACUUUCACCCGAAAAAGCAAACUGUCUGCUCAUUUAAUAGCGAAUCACGAAGCUUUGAUUAAUCAAUGACAUUAAAUAAUGUAAAUUAUGAAAUAGUGAAAUACAAAUGAAAAUAAUAGUCUGUAAUAAAACGUGAGAUUUAGUAGAAAAAAAAUAUAAAGGAGAAAAAUAGUAAUAUCUUUCAGAGCUUGAGAUUUUAUGUAAGUAUCAACUUUUUAGACACUGUAGAAUGCUUUCAAUCUGCAAGAGCAGACUUGCUACGUAAUGUUCGAUUAUUUAGACUAUUUUGUAAAUCUAUAUAAAAAAUGUUUUAUUUGAAGACAUUUUGAACAACAAUAUAUAAUAUAAAAUUAUUCCUCUUGCUAUAUCUUCUCUAAUAAACACAAAUAAAAUCUUUUCAAAGAUGUUACUGGUUCAAGUAAAUAUGACAUAGCCUUUGAAUUGUAUCGCAUUGACAAGGUAGAUCUGAUACGAUGGAGAAUACGUGAAGUUUUCCAUGAA